UUAAUUUAAUUAGAUAGCUUGAAUUUCUCUUGUAGCGAAAAAGAAUAAUAUUUAUUUUUAGAUUAAAUUAAUGAUUAGAAAAAUAUUUUAGGCUCAUUUUAAUGAUACAGCCCUAUCGUAUACGAUACCUUUGAGCAUGCGCAACACGUUAAAGUGACGUAAUCGUUGUCACCUAUUUUUAACGUUUACAGUUUUUAUCCUUGAGUGCGGUUCUUUAUUCGAUAAAUAUAAUUUUUGUAAAUUUUUGUAUUUUUUCUUUCUUAAUAAUAGAAUAUAUUAUCAAAUAGUAUAGAUUACAAAAUUGUAUACAUGUUUGAGAAAACUAGUUUCAGGAAAAAUGGUGUUAAUCAAUUCGAAAAAGCUAUCAACAAUAAGGAGUCAAAAAGAAUGGGGUUAAAAGGAACAUUGACAAAAGAAUGGAUUAUUAUUUUUUUAGUAUUUUUAUUUUUAUUGUUGAUAGUCCUUGAGAAAAUAUAUUUUAAUUACGGAAUGUCUGUAGCAAACAUUCAAAGUAUAUUUAACAAACAAAGUGAUUUGCUACAUAUAGAUAUAUUGUCACAUCUAUAUGAUUUACCUAAUUUAUCAAGUAUCUCCGAUAUGUCUGAGUCUGUCGCCAAACAAUUAACAAUGACUGGUACACAAUUUAUAAAUACUACUAAUCAUUAUGAAAAAGCUAUUGCUGACGUAGUGAUAACAGUGUCUACAAAAUAUUGGUGGGUAAUAAGAGCAAUACUAAGUGGAAUGAUAACGACUAGUCUCAGUUGGUUAAUUAUUUAUAUGGAUAGUCGUAUCCCUGGAAUUGAUCCACCAUUUCCUCUUAACCUUUUAAGAAAAGGAGAAUACAGGAUACAAAUGAUAUCGCAGAUAAAUCUUAAUUAUCUUAUUGGUGCAUUAAUUGGAUUAUUAGUUUCUAUUUUCAUGUGUUUCGGGUGAUGCUUAUUUUGCUUCUUAGGAAAGAGCAAAUAAGGUUUGUGUCUAUAUAGACA